AAAGACAGGCAAAGCGACGUCAUUAAUAUUCAACAAUGUACUCUUUGCUCGACAUCCCAGACUCGGGCGAGCACCCGUUCACGGACUACUCCCGCUGGCGCCUGCUCUCCAGCGACGGCGGGCGGCACACAUGGCACUACCUCCGCACCGACGACGAGGUCGCCCGCUGGCCGCAGAACAACAUCGACAAGUACUGGACCGGCAUACCCCUCAACCUCCCCGCGCUACCUAAACCCACCGACGCACUCGCCGCCGCGCGCAACGGGUACGAGUUCUACAAGCACCUGCAGUCCGCAGACGGGCACUGGGCGGGCGAGUACGGCGGACCCAUGUUCCUCCUCCCCGGGCUCGUCAUCGGCUCGUACGUCGCCGGCAUGGGCUUCACGCACGAGGAGCGCCUCGAGAUGGUCCGCUACCUCUUCAACCGCGCGCACGCCGACGACGGCGGCUGGGGCAUCCACAUCGAGGGCCACUCGACGGUGUUCGGUACCGCGCUGAACUACGCCGCGCUGCGUAUUCUAGGCGUGGAGGCUAACCACCCCGUCAUGGUCAAGGCGCGCGGGACGCUGCACAAGCUAGGCGGUGCCGCUGCAAGCCCCGCAUGGGGCAAGUUCUGGCUCUCAGUGCUCAACGUGUACGAUUGGGAGGGCGUCAACCCCAUCCCGGCUGAGCUCUGGCUCCUGCCAGACUGGCUCCCGUUCCACCCGCACAAAUGGUGGAUACACACGCGCACCGUCUAUAUCCCCAUGAGCUAUCUCUACGGCAUCCGUUUCAAGAUGGAGGAGAACGAACUCGUGCUUGCAUUAAGAGAGGAACUAUACCCGCAAGACUACAACUCCAUCCACUGGCCCUCGCAGCGCAACAACAUCGCCGCCGACGACAUCUACUCCCCCCACACCGCCGUCCUCGACACGAUGAACGCCCUCCUGUCCACGUACGAAUCCUGCGCGCUCCCUUCCCUGCGCAAAGCCGCGCUCGACCGCGCUUACCACCUCGUCGUGCUCGAGGACGAAAACACAGGGUACCAAACGCUCGGGCCCGUCUCCAAAAUGAUGAACCUCGUCUGCCGCGCGCACGUCGAGGGCGCACAGAGCGACGCGUACAAGCUGCACGCGCUGCGGCGCGCGGACUUUAUGUGGCUCGGCGCGGAGGGCAUGAUGAUGUGCGGGACGAACGGCUCGCAGCUGUGGGACAUCGGGUUCAUCACGCAGGCGCUCGUCGAGACGGGGCUCGCGGAGGAGCGCGCGAACAGGGAGAGUCUGCAGCGCGCGCUGGGCUGGCUCGAUGCGUGCCAGAUAAGGGAGAAUCCGCGGCAUUAUGAGACGAGCUAUCGGCAUACGACCAAGGGCGCGUGGCCGUUUAGCACGAAGGAGCAGGGGUAUACGGUCAGCGACUGCACGGGCGAGGGGCUCAAGUCGGUGUUGUAUUUGCAGAACCAGGUCAAGGGGACCACAAAACUGCUCGAAGACCGGAGACUGUUCGACGCCGUCGACGUGCUGCUGACGAUGCAGAACGGCAACGGCGGGUUCGCGAGCUACGAGCUCGUCCGGGGCCCCAAGUGGCUCGAGUGGCUGAACCCAGCCGAAGUAUUUGGCGACAUUAUGAUCGAGUUCUGCUACCCCGAGUGCACGACGUCGGUGAUCACGUCAUUGUCCAUCUUCCGCAAGCACUACCCCGCCUACCGGGCGGCUGAGAUCGAGAAAACGAUCAAGCACGCGAUCGUGUACCUGCACAAGGUGCAAAAGGCAGAGGGCGGGUGGGUGGGGUCGUGGGGCAUCUGCUUCACGUACGCGACAAUGUUUGCGUGCGAGAGCCUGUCGCUGGUGGGGGAGACGUACGGGACGAGUGCACAUGCGAAGCGGGCGUGCGAGUUUCUGAUCUCGAAGCAGCGGGCAGAUGGUGGGUGGGGCGAGAGCUACAAGUCGUGCGAGCAGGCAGCGUGGGUGGAGCACGCAGACACGCAGGUGGUGCAGACGUGCUGGGCGGCGAUGGCACUGAUACACGCGGGAUAUCCAGACGCGGAGCCUAUCAAGGCAGCAGUGAAGCUGGUGAUGGAGCGGCAGCUGGCGGACGGCUCGUGGCCCCAAGAGGCGAUCGAGGGCGUCUUUAACAAAAACUGCGCCAUCAGCUAUCCAAACUUCAAGUUCUCCUUCCCGAUCUGGAUGCUCGGACGGGCACACGCGUACCUGAACGAGCUCGACGGCAAGGCGUAG